CGACGCCUCGCCGCGGAGGUAACUCUCCCUCCCCGCGCAGUGCCCCGCUGGACGCCGGACGGGCCCUGCCGCGGGUAGGAGGUGUGGUGGUGGUGGUGGUGGUGGUCGUGGUGGUUGUGGUAGGGGCACCGGCGUCGGCGCCUCUCCCACACACUUUCCCCGUCAGCUGCGUCUUCUUCGGCCCGGCGUGUGCAACCCCUGGUGGUCGUCGGCGACAGGGAUCGCGUGACCUCCUGACCUCGACUCGCUUCCCCGCGAACCUUGUGGCGUGGUCCUCGACCAGACGACCGAAAGUGGCACGCGACCUCAUCGCCGGGUCAAUCAGCCGCCUUCGGGGUGACGCCAGCAGAUUCCCAAGAAUCCCUCCCCCCCCAAGAACUCUCCUGAAGAUCUCCCGCCAGCCGGGAAAUCAACCGUCAGCGUAAACCCCCCACACCCCCUCCACUUUUUUUUUUGUUGUUGAUCGAGUGGCGUGAUAUUGUGUGAAGUAACGCGAGCACAAUGAGAUCUGGAACUCGUCUUUGACUGCCGGCUCUGAUCUUCGCGAGCUCCUGGUAAUCGACUCGUGUUCGAGACGGUGUUAACAUUUCGACGACUUGUUACCUGUGACGCAAGUCGCUCGGCGCCUCGGCGGGACUUGUGGAUCAGCAAGGUGGGGAAUAGGGAAGAGGGGUGGGUGAAGGAGGAGGAGGAGGAGGAGGAGAAGGAGGGAGAGGUUUUUAAAAUACAACAUGGCGGCGCUCAGAAAACGUCCAACGCGUAAAUACACGCCGAGGAUUUACCGCCGAGCGGAAAUAUUCCCCGCGCCCAGCACGGCCGUAAACGUUUGAGGUCGGGAGGGAAAGCGUUCAAACGAUUUUUUUUUUGUUUGUUUGAAACAUUCCGUUCCUCCUCGAGAAGUGGAGUAGUAAGACGUUAAAAACAGCUUUUGUCGGUUAAAUCUUGUGGUUGUGUGCGCGAGACAAACGUCUUUGUGCGGACAGAAGACAAGCCGGUGACUGAAAAAAAAAAAUUAUUUCAUGGCAGCAUGACGUUGGUUUGGUCAAUUAAAAAUAUGUACAUGUUACAAAUUCUGCUGACUGUAAACAUCUGAUUUUUACGUUUGUAUGAUCUGUGAAAGAAUAAUGAGCUGAUAUGUUGAGGAACCACCUACCAAAGCAAGCCAUGGGUGACUGAAAGACCCAAGUGGCAUGGCGGAGUUGCCUUUGCCGAAGUGUGCGUGUUUUGAAACCCUUAUAAGAGCUCCGGCCUUUGGUAACUUGUAGCUCUGGGCUACCUCCGGUUUAUGACUUGUAGUCGGGACACUAGUUUUGGCGACUUGUAGUUCUGAACAACUCCAGUUGAUUGUCUUGAGCUCCAACAGCUGUGGUGAUUUUUCACGUCUGAGCUCCUCCGGUUGGAGACUUGCAAAAAAUAGUUCACGCCAGCUGGUUGCCAGUUGGUGACUCGCGAGUGUAAAAAAAAUAACUUCCAGACGGUGUCUUGAGCUACUAACCUACUAACCCUCGUCAGUUGGUGACUUUAAGUUCCAGAACUCUUACAAUUCGGAAAUCUUACAGUUGGUGACUUGCAGUUCGGAACAGCUACAGUUUGUGACUUGUAGAGUUGAACUGCUCUAGCUGGUGACUCGCGAGUGUACGAAAAAAAAACCCUGCAGGUGGUGGUUUGAGCUACUAAUAUUCGUCAGGUGGUGACUAUUAUUUCCAGAACUCUUAUAGUUCGGAACAUCUACAGUUGGUGACUUGCAGUUCGGAACAUCUACAGUUGGUGACUUGCAGUUCGGAACAUCUACAGUUGGUGACUUGCAGUUCGGAACAUCUACAGUUGGUGACUUGCAGUUCGGAACAUCUACAGUUGGUGACUUGCAGUUCGGAACAUCUACAGUUGGUGACUUGCAGUUCGGAACAUCUACAGUUGGUGACUUGCAGUUCGGAACACCUACAGUCGGUGACUUGUAGAGUGGAACUCCCCUAGUUGGUGACUCCCGCCCCCGCUCCUCCUCCGCACACGUGGAGGCGGCGGCGGCGACAUGGGCUGCGAGCUGGGCAAGCUGGUGGCGGGCUCGCGCGCCGAGGCGGACGGCCGCAAGGACGCCAUAGAGGCGCCGCCCCCGACCGCCGCCCCCGACCCCCGCCUCCCGCUCACCGCCAAGCAGAAGUACAGCAUGAUCGCGUCGUGGAAGGGCAUCAGCCGAGCCAUGGAGUCCACCGGCGUCUACAUGUUCAUCAAGUUGUUCGAGGAGCACCAAGAGCUGCUCGGCAUGUUCGAGCGCUUCAAGGAGCUGCGCACGCAGGAGCAGCAGGCCGGGAGCAUGGAGCUGGCGGAGCACGCCACCACCGUCAUGUCCACGCUGGACGAGGGCAUCAAGCAGCUCGACGACCUUGACGCCUUCCUGGCCUUCGUGACGCAGGUCGGCGCCACGCACCGCAAGAUCCCGGGCUUCCACUCCAGCUACUUCUGGAAGAUCGAGAAGCCGUUCCUGGACGCCGUGCAGCGGACGCUGGGCGACCGGUACACCGACAACAUCGACAACAUAUACCGGGUGACCAUCAAGUUCAUCAUCGAGACCCUGGUGCAAGGGUACGAGGAGAAAGCUGGAUCCUCGUGAGGAGAGACAAUCGCAGCCGCCUUUUAUUUUUUAAUUUUUGUGUUGUUGGCAACCGCGGAGGUUCGUGCCCGGUUCUUCACCGCGCGCGCGAGAAGACGCGAAGAAGAUCUUCGAAGGUACGCCCAGCCCCCCUCGUCAGUUCGAGACACCUGCUUCUCUGCGGGAAACGUUUCAAGUUUCACGUGAUUAAAAAAAAUAAUAAACAACGCUGUAACAUUUUUUUUCCUUCUUACCAUCGCGAAGUUUUAGCUCGAUUAACCGCAUUAUCAUCGACCCAAAAAAAAAAAGAUUGUGCACUGCGUCGAGGCCUGUUCCAAUAUUCGAUAUUUAAAAAAAAUUAUAUUAUUAAUUGUUCUAUUCGUUUACAAAAACUUGCACUUCCAAAUAACAAAUAUUAUCUUCGGCCCAUUCGAACAUCCUAUCCACACGAAGGUUAAGAGUCAGUUUCUGUACAGUAUCCAGUGUAAAAGUAUCAAUGGGCCCAAAAAAUUAAAGCAUAAUUUUAUGUAAAUUUGUGCACAGUAAACAAAAGAAUAACUAAAAGUCAGACAGCGGGACCAAUCUGCAAUCUGAAUAAUCAACUUGAAAACACUAGAAAAAUAAAAUCAAACCCUUUGCGUUUGUGUUUUACUAUGUAUAACCAAUAACAUGAAAUAUAUAUAUAUAUAUAUAUAUAUAUAUAUAUAUAUAUAUAUAUAUAUAUUUCAACUGCACGAAAGAAUUUACACAAGUAUUUGUUAAUUUUUUUUAAAACCAAAUUCUCCACUCUUGCUAUUAGGAUUCGGUACUGGCAACAGAAAAUAUUUAGAACAUUUAUAUUUAAAUUUAUUAUACCACUAUAUCAGACAAAAAAAAUGAUUUUCACAGAGGCCUAAAAUUUUCCCGAAAAUACAUUCAUCUCUACCCAUCAGGGGAUGAACGACAUAUGCACAAAUUACCUGGUCUACUAAUGAUAAGGGUUUUGAUAAAGAGGGGGGGGGGGGAGGGGGCUGAUUUUGAUUCGAUCGGACUAACUGAACUCAGCAUUGACGAGCGAAAAAAUUUAACCACGAAAGUCACUGGGAAGUUCUGCGGUACUCGUGAAUGUCUUUCGUUUUUCGUAAGCUCAAUGUAAUUGUGCAUGUCUGUCAGGAGUUAUGUGUGUGUAUAGCCCUGGUACUUUGUCUGACAUCUUCCAGUAACUGUCUUGUCAAUUUUUCCCCCUCCUUUUCCUCAGGAGCACUGAUGUCAUAACUGCACACGCCUUCUUGAUUUCAAUCAAAUUAGUAUUCCAUUGAGCAGCAACAUUUUGUAGGUUAGCUGAACAAGCGUGAAAAAAUAAAACAGAGCAUUCGAAAGAUCAAUACAAAACAAGUAAGUUACAGCUUGAUUAACGUUCCUCUGGUGAACAGUUUUGUCAAAAAAACGUUUAAAUGGUAUAUUUCCCAACUGACAAUUCCAAGUAACUGCAGUUUCAACACAUACGCUAAGUGUAUACUGAUAUUGUAACUUCACUAACCAAACUUUUCUUCUUAGAGCAAUUUAAGUUUACAAUUGAAUAAAUUGUGCGCGGACUAUGAGAAAUAGAACGAGAAUUUUCUGUGACGAAACCAUUGAAUAGGUAAGUAGAAUAGCCCUAUUCUACUCUGUCAUGAGUUGUAUGUAAUAUCUGGUGCACAUCAGAACUAUAACAGUUUACCGGAGGAUCAUAAUAGUUUAGUAAAUCUUUAUUUAAUUUUUUUUCUUUGUUUUUAUUUCUUCAUAAGAUUUAUUUAGCAUAGACUAAUUAUUAUGAAUUCAAAUUCAGGUGUAAAAUGACUUUAUUAUUAGGGAGACAUCAAUGCAAGGCAGCAAAAUAAAAAAAUCACCCCACAUCCAUUAUUUCAAAUGUAUUUACUCAGGAUCAGUUAUGUUUUAAGUGGAGUAAUAGUGAGAAUGUAAGAUAUUUCCACAUGUUCGUAAGGACAAUCAUAUUUAUUUAAACACUGCUAAUAGUGGAAACCAGGUAUGUGUUUACAAAUACAAUUAGUCAUUUUUACUUUACAUUUUUGUGACAUAGUAAAAAAAAUCUUCAACUGCUUGUUAACACGAGCUUUAUGAAAGCAAUAUUUGUACAUAAGAAUUUAAAAAAGCAACAAUCUGACGUACGUACUAAAAUUUAACAGGAUAGCCAAAAAUAUUACUAGUGAAUAAAAUUAAGUUUAUUUUUGAAUAAAAGGGUGAUAAAAUAUAUUUUAAUUAAACUAUUUCAAACCAGAUUGAAUAAUAUUUUCAUAAACAUAAAUAUGAUAUAUUAAAUCAAAUGAAACGUGCCUGCUUGGAUUUUCAUCUCAAAAAGGAGCACUUUCUUUAAUAUGUAUGAUGCCUACUUUCAGAUGAAGAUUUAUUCAUGUGUGUCCGUCAGAGAAUUAUUUAAUAAUGAGGCAAGUUAAAUUUUAUUGCAUUAGUAUUGUAAUGAAUUAAAAAAUAAUUUAUGAAGUUUUCGAGUAAUGUUGUGGAUUGAUCCAAGCAAGCAUUAAUCGUGUGUUUUGUUUACAUGAAUAGUUGAUAUUUACUCACAAUUUUACCCAAAAAAGAAGAUAUAUGUUUAAUAUAGGACACAAAAAUUAAUGAAAAUUAAAUUAAAUAAUGUGGUCUGUACUUCAUUUACAAAAUUAUCAUCAGUUUAAAUGUAAUUGUUGAUGUAGAUAUUUUAAAAAUAAAAUUAUUUCACGAAUUAAGACUGCAUUCAAAUAACUAUUUGUACUUUAAAAACUUUGACAUUUGUAAAUUUAUUUUGUUUCGUUUUUUUCUAAAUAUGUUCAUUUUUACGCCACAACCAUAAAAGGCUUUCUUAUAAAACUUAUUUUGAAGAAAGAAAACGUUGCUUUUUUCAUAUAUUCAUGAAAAUAAAAGUAUUUUGUAUAAAUAUAAAAAAAUUAAAAUGUGAAUUACAAAUUAGACUUAGUAGAGUUACAACAAGGUAGACUUUUCGAAGAAAGUACAUUAAAUCUGAAGCACAAAAACUAUUGUCUUUUUAUAAAUUAAACUGCCAAGUAAUUGUUAUUAAUAGUCUGUAAAUAUUAGUUUUUUUUUGCGACGAGAAACCUCUGUAUUCAGGUUUUUAGUUCAUUUUUUAGCAUUUUAAGUCAUUUUUGUUGUAUUCACAAAACAAUUUAACAAGGAUAAGUGAAAACAUGACUGCAAUUUUGGCAUUAUUAAUUUUCUGUGUAAAUCAGUUAAUUUGGUAAUUUUAUAUUAUUGUAAGUAAGCCGGCUUUACUGUAGUAAAAAACUACUUUGAAAAAACUCAGAACAUGUUAAUUAUAUCAAAAGUUUGUUGUAGUGUGCCUUAAGAGGCCUUUAAUAUCAAAGGUGUUAUUUUUUUCGUGUAUAUGGUUGAAAGUUGCAAUUAACUGUGCCUGUAUAGUAGCUAUGCAUCGGAUUAUUAAGUUUCUCAUGUGUGUUAAACAUACUUUAUAUGUGUAGUAAUAAAGUAAAGGUUUCGGAGUAAAUGUUGUCUGUGCGAUUGGGGGUGACUUGAAACACCAAAAAAUUGAGGAAGACUUAGCAAUGAGGUGAGACAACUUCAAUUGCAUUUACUUUUUGAUUUAACAGUUGCUACUGAAACUCGUUCUGAAAAAAAAUUCACCAUGAAUUAAAGUUUAGUUCGCUUUUCACUCAUGUGAUCAGUUAUGUUAUUUGGAAACCAGUGAGCACUCGAUACAAAAAAAUAAUAUUAAUUUAGGGAAAUAACCUCUUGUAAAUAGAAAUUUUGCUUCCAAAUAAACAUUUUGUUGAAAAAAUUAAUUCAUUACAUUGGCUAUGAAUGACAAACGUCAUUCAAAACAAAAAUUUCGAGAUCAUGAUAUGCGUUUGUAAGAAAUUAUUCAUUAAUUUCGUAUGGUAAGCUUACAGAAUUCAAGAACAUUAUUUAUUAUUGAUUUAUUUCGCUCACUAUGUCAGAGAAAACUCAACAAAGUUGGCAUGAUAAAACUCUCUUACACUAGCUAAGCAAAUAAAUGGCAGUUCAUAGAUCUCAGUGAUAAUCAGCGUUUUUCAGGGCCAUCUUUAGAAUAAAUUAGAAUCGAAUUUUGAAGCUCAUGCUAAACAAUCAGAUUGUCUGUGGUCAUAGUUCUGAAUAUGUACUUAACUAAGAUAUUUUUAUAACAGCUGAAGGUUUUUUGUUAAACAAAGGAAUUAUUAAUAAUUUAACGAAUUCUGAAUAAAAUUAACACGUGUUGUUUCCACUCACCCCUAAAGACGGACCGGUGUUAAUUCGCAAUUCAUGUCGAUGUAUGUCAAAAGGAGAUGUCAAGUCUAACUGAAUGCGGAAUUAGUGAAUUAAAACUGUGUAAAUAUGUUCACUGUAAGAGCUUAUCGUGAAAAAUAUGAAAGUGUAUUACAGAACUUAAAAAUAAACCAAUAACAGUGGU